AUGGCCGACCCUGUUAUCGGUGCCACAAUUCAGGUCACAUUGGAAACGGCACUGUCUCUUGCCUCUGAUAGGAUUGGUAUGUUAGUUGGUUUCAAGAAGGAUCUGGCCAGCAUGACUCGAUCUCUUCGGUUUAUCAAUGCUCGCUUGUCUGAUGCUGAGGAAAAGCAACAAAACCAGGACCGGGUAGUGCAUGAAUGGUUGAACAGUCUGGAGGAGGUGGCUUAUGAUGCUCAGAAUGUGUUGGAUGAGCUCCACUAUGAAUCUCUUCGUCACCAGGUGGAGUCCCAAAACCGACACAAGCUCAAGGUAUGCUGCUUCUUCUCCUUCUCUAACAUUAAUCUUGCUUUUCGUUGGAGAAUGGCUUCUAAGGUCAGGGACAUCAACCUUGAGUUGAAUAAGAUAAAUGAAGAAGCCCGUGAUUUUGGACUGGACAGUAAGUCAGUCGUGCCUGCUGCCCUCCCUGCUGCUCCUGCUGUUGGAGGCACGAGAGGUCGGCAGACCGACUCUGUUGUUGCUCCAAUGGUUGGAAGAGCCGAUGAUGAAUCAGAGAUAGCGAAGAUUUUGUUGAGCCUGUCUGAGAAGGUUGUUUCUGUUCUUCCCAUAACUGGUAUGGGAGGUUUAGGCAAAACAACUUUGGCUAAAUCCAUAUACAACAACAAGCAAAUUGAUGAACACUUUAACAAAAAAAUUUGGGUUUGUGUAUCGAGAAAAGUUCAAAUAGAGGAGCUUUUCAAACUCAUAUUAGUGCAAUUGAUGAAAGAAAAGGUUGACGUGGAUGAUAGGAAUGUCAUCGUUGGAAAAAUUGGGAACAACCUAGGGGAAAAAAGAUAUCUCCUGGUUCUAGAUGAUGUGUGGGAUGAUAGUCAGGCAUUGUGGGAGGACUUUUUCAACACCUUGAAGGGGCUCAAUCCAACUAAUGGAAGCUGGUGUCUGGUCACUACUCGUCCAGGUCCAGUGGCGCAGUGUGUGUCUAGAGUUUUCAUGAUGGAAAAUGAAGCCUAUCGAUUAGGAAAACUACCUGUUGAUCAUUGUUGGUCUAUCGUAAAAGAAAAAGCAGUUCGAGGGGGAGAAGUACCUGAUGAACUACAAGCAAUUAGAGAGAGAGUAAUCGAAAGAUAUGAUGGUCUACCAUUGGCUGCAAGUGUAAUCGGAGGUCUAUUAUCUUUACAUAGAAAAGAGGAGUGGCGAUCAAUUUUGGAGAAUAGGCUUUCGAGUUUGAGUGGAGAUGAAGAUCCUGUGAUGCAAAUACUUAAGUUGAGUUUUGAUAAUUUGCCAUCUCCAUACGUUAAGAAAUGUUUUGCGUAUUGUUCUAUAUUUCCUAAGGAUACUGAGAUGAAAGGAGAUAUGCUAAUCAAACUUUGGAUGGCAGAAGGUUUCUUGCAAGCAGACGUCAAUAGACAAAUGAUGAUGGAGGAAACUGGAAUGAAUUAUCUGAGAAUUUUAUUGCAGAGUUCAUUGUUUGAAGAAAUAAUUGAUGAGUCAGAAACAUCAACAUCUUAUAAGAUACAUGAUUUGGUGCACGACCUUGCAGAGUCAUUGUCAAAGUCUACCAAAGUCAUUAUUGAUCGGGAUAUAUGUACAGUAGACAAUGGUGAUCAGAUUUGUUACCUUGCAAUAGACUCAUUUGGUGGUGGAGAAGACAGAGAAAAACUUUUGGAGAGUCUAUCAACUUCGCUUCAUACAUUGUUCAUCAAAAAAGGUGACUUAUCUGGUGAUAUGUUAAUGAAGUUGAAGAACUUGUAUGUUUUGAAUUUGUCUCGUACAACAACUGAAGAGCUACCAGUCUCAAUUGGCAAACUGAUACAUUUGCGGUAUGUUAACCUUCAGCGGUCUUCAAUCAGUAUUUUGCCAGACUCCCUUUGCAAGCUUUAUAAUCUGCAGACAUUGACGCUAAGUAACUCAAAUGUUAAAAAGCUUCCGAAGGGAACGUGCAAUUUGAUUAGCUUGAGACAUCUCCACUAUUACAAAAGUGAUAAAGAAUUUCAAAUGCCGCUAGAGAUGGGACGGCUGACUUGCCUUCAGACGCUAGAGUUCUUUAAGGUGAGUCGAGAGAAGGGUCGACAAAUUGGAGAGCUUGGAAGCUUGAAGAACCUCAAAGGCAAAUUGGAGAUACACAAUCUGGAACUAGUAAAGGAUAAGGAAGGAGCUGAGGAAGCAAAACUAUCUGGAAAGGCAAAUCUAUUUAGGCUGUAUCUUGAGUGGGCCCGUGAUCGAGAAGGCGACAAUUACAACGACAAAGAUGUGUUAGAUGGCCUUCGACCCCACCCAAAUUUGGAAGAGUUGGUAAUUUGCGAUUUUAUGGGCGAUCAAUUUCCUCGAUGGUUAAUGGAUUUGCCAACAACAACAACAAUCCCCAAGUUAGCAACAACACUCCCCAAGUUAGCGCGUUUGAAAUUUAAUGCCUCCAACAGAUGCAGAGAACUCCUUCCCCUGCAAAACUUUACGUCUCUUAAAGUGCUGCAGAUUUAUUCUUGUGAUGGGUUGACGAAUCUGCCAGGUGGCAUGCUACACUCUUGUGCCUCUCUCCAGCAGCUUUGGGUGACUGGUUGCGGCAAUCUUAUCUCCUUUCCGCUUGAUUUGCAACAAACGCCUUCUCUCUCUAUGCUGGUAUUAUCCCACUGUCCCAAACUGAAAACAAGCAUGACGCCCAAAGGAUUUGGUUUCCUAACCAGCUUAAGGGAGCUUACAAUUGGUCCCUUCUCAGAUGAUGGUGAUGAUCAUGAAAAUUCUUCAAUUUACAAUGAGUUUGAUUGGUCUGGAUUGAUAUCCUCCUCCUCCUCCUCCUCUUCGUCAUCCGCACUCCGUCGAUUAGACUUACGUGGGUUGCCACACAUGAAGUCCCUGCCACCCUCAGAUCCAAUACUUGACCACUCUCACGUCACUAACGCUACUUGA